GGUUCAAUUACGUUGUCACGUAAAGAUUUAGAGGCAACAGAUGAUUAUAUUAAAGCUGUUGAAGAUGCUUUGGAUGAAGAUCAAAAAGUAGAGGCUUUGGUUGAAGAAAUUAAGCUGGGUGGAAAAUUCAUGCAAGUUGUUACUCAAAAUGGUGAGAGACGAAAGAAAACAGUUGGUGGUGAUCAUGCGAAAUCUCAGAACACAUCAGACUGGCUUAAGAGUCUUGAAUCUUGCGAUGAAUGGGAAAUUGUUGGUUAUGGUUCUAAAUUACCACUUUAUUUAUUAUUGCCCGAAGAGUUACAAUCAAGAAUAAAACGUCUAAAUGGAAGAAAGGUACUCUACUCGAAUGUUUAUAAUGUUAGUAUAAUAAGAGGUUAUAAUUUAAGGUUGCCCGUUGUUGAACCAGUUCCUCUACCAUCGAAUAUCUCAACUUUAAGAGAUUGUCAGAUAUUUGCUGCAAUUCUUAACAAAGUAGACAGAAGGCCAUAUCAAAAUGUCUUCUCAAUUCGUAUUGAUUAUCUAACUGAAGAGACACCACAUUUU